AUGGUCAUCUCACGCAUUUCCAACGUCUCCCGCGCUCGUCGUAUCAACGCCUCUCGCGGCCAGUCCGUCUCCCUCCAGGGUUUCGGUUUCAAGGCGGAGAAGGUCGGCGAUGCUCCGAUUUAUUUUCCUGGUUUGAACUCCCUCUAUCGAUUCUGUUCCCCCCCAUCUCACCCUCGCAAUGAGGCCGAUCACUUGGAGAGACGUAGGCCUCGGGACUACAGACAGAUUGCUGCUGCAGUUGCCCGUCAGCGCCAAGCCGAUCUCCUUGCUAGAAAAGCCGAGCUUAGGAAUCCGCCUCCUACCCCAGCUCCUAUUGUCCGUGUCUCCUACCCUGAGUUGAUUCCAUUCCCCGUUUUUACUCCCCUUCCCGUUCCUUCACCUGCAAGUGCCCCCCUCAAAGGUAUUCUGAAGAAACCCGAUGGGCCUCGCAAGGAUAAUGAUCGGUCCGUUCAAUUUGGCGAUAAGACUGUGAUUGAAGUUGAGCGUUGGAUCGACCCCCUCCCCCAUGCUUACUAUGACCCCGUUCCAGUGUAUGAGCCGGAAGUCGAUGAUCGAGUACUUCGGAUGGUUGGCGCAUUCCCUGACGAGCCAGAGCGUAAGCACACACUGAUUGUCACCAGUCAGCCGGGCCCUUCCAAGGCGAAGGCUAUUGGUAUUAUGGCCGCCAUAAUGGGAAUCGCCUAUCUGUUCAUGUAA